AUGUACUACAUUCAAUUUUUGCUCGUCGCCGUUCUCAUGCUCAUGUGUCAAGCGAGAAAAGCUGUCUAUCGCAAAAACUCGCCGAGCCUUCGACGAUUGACGCGAAACUAUGAUUGGGAGGUCGACGAUCAUGGCGCGCUCAGGCCGAUCAUCAAUCCCGUCAAGGUUGAACGAGCCACGAAACUAUGCGCCAACGACUCGUACAUCCUCAAAACGAUCAUGGCCAACUACAAUCGGCACAAGAUCCCGAAUGGACAGGUCGACGUUGAAGUUGAAGUAUGGGUUCAAGAAAUCACAACAAUUUCCGAUAUCACUAGCGAUUUUCAAUUAGAUAUUUAUAUAUAUGAGACAUGGCACGAUCCGGCGCUCAACUAUGCCUUCCUCAAUCCUUGCAAGUACAACUUAUCGCUAAACUCGGUGCUUCUCGAGGAUCUCUGGACACCAAAUUCAUGUUUUAUCAAUUCGAAAACCGCCGAAAUCCACAAAUCGCCAUUUCCCAACAUUUUUCUAAUGAUCUACGCGAAUGGCACAGUAUGGACCAACUAUCGUCUAAAACUUCAAGGUCCAUGUAUCAUGGAUCUCACGAAGUUCCCAUUUGACAAUGUGACAUGCUCUUUGACGUUUGAAUCCUUCAACUAUAACACCGAUGAGGUCAAAAUGUCAUGGUCCGAGAAGGGUGUGCAGAAGAUGCGCGAGAAAAUGGAGCUAGCCGAUUAUGAGCUGGUGAAUAUCAAUAAUGUUCGAGCCACCGAGGAGUACCCGGCGGGAUAUUGGCACGAGUUAACCAUGAGCUUCGAGUUUAAGCGGCGCGCCGGAUGGUACAUUCUGCAAGCCUAUCUGCCCACCUAUCUCACCAUUUGCAUAUCUUGGAUAUCGUUUGCGUUGGGUUCGAAGGCGAUACCAGCACGCACGAUGCUCGGAGUCAACAGCCUUCUAGCAAUGACAUUCCAGUUUGGAAAUAUCAUCAGAAAUCUUCCUAGGGUGUCUUAUGUGAAGGCUAUCGAUGUUUGGAUGCUAUCCUGUAUGACAUUCGUGUUCUGCUCAUUGCUGGAGCUCGCCUGGGUCGGAUAUCUGUCAAGAGAGGAGGAAGUCGUUUCCAGGAAUCCGCCAGGCUCACAAGUUGCCCCGAAACCGUGUCAUCCGGUAGUCCAGCAGACACAGUCAAUAAGCGCCUCGAACACCGUGUACAGGCGGCAGAAACAGCCAAAAAAUGAGGAAGAAUCGGCAUUGCUCAGCCUACGCGACAACGAUUACGGCUACAUUCCGCCGGGAUUUGGUCUCAACGGGAAUUUGGCGAAUGCUAUGAAAAGCUUCACGUCUUCAUGCUCGUGCGAGCCGCCCGUUGUAACAAUGAUGCUAGAAGAAGCGGAAACCAUUCCGCCUUCGAUAACUUCAAAUCUCUCAAGGAAGCAGCGACGGGAGCUUCUCGCUCAUCAAAUCGACUCGGUCUCCGUAUUCCUUUUCCCAUUCCUAUUCGUUUUAUUCAAUAUAGGCUAUUGGCAGCAUUACUUGCGGGUUUAG